AUGCAAUUUUCUAUGUCGCAGAGCAUUGCAUGCAAAUGUGUGUGUGUGUGGGGGGGGGGGCAUGUGCGCGCGCGCAUGUGUAUGUACAUUCAAAAAAGAAUUGACGAUUGUCACAUACACUCACAUACAACGCUUUGCGUAUGACACAAAAAAUCGCACGAAUUUUUGAAUCCUAUACAUAAAAUCGAGAUCCCUAUCAAGCUAGUCCCCGCUCCCUACCAGCGCAAAAAAAUCCGCACAUAUAUAAAAAUUUCGUGCUCUUUUGUUGCUAAUUUGUUACCCUAUUCCGAAUUUUGUUGGUUGAACCGUUUGGCAAGAAACGGCGUUUGAAAGGGAUAGGGCCUGCUUGCCAUCAAGCUACCCUUCCCAUAAUAAAAAAAAAAUUCAAAUUGAAAAAAUGAAUACACCAGAAUUUGUUUCUUUUUUGUUGCUCUAAGAUAGCGCAAACAUUUUGCAAUUAUAACAUUGUUUAAGAUAUGCUCAUAUCUACUAAGUAUUGGUAUAAAGGUUUUUUUUUUAAUUGUCGCAUUUCCAAAAUGUUUUCAUGCUAUUUUGGAGCAACAAAAUAGCAACAAGUUAUGAUAUACGCAUUUUUUUAUUUGAAUACUCUGAAUAUAUUUUUAUGUAUAAUACUGGGGGGGGGGCAGCUUGACAAAAAUUCUGGCCCCACAACACAAGAGAAAACCAAUGUAGAGCACAAUUAAAAAAUUGCGCAAAAAGAUUGCGCAAAAAUUUGUUGCUUUUUUGGUGCUCCAAGAUAGCGUUAACAAAUUUCGGAAAAACAAAAUUGUCUAAAUAAUACCAUUUUAACAAAUAUUAGGUAUGUGACUUAUAUAGCUAUGAUAUAAAAGACUUCAUUAUUCGAAUGAUCGCGGUCUUAAAAUUUUCUGUGGAUAAUGCCUGUUCAAUAUUUGGAACGCUUGAUUUUGUUGUUUGAUAAUAAAUGGGGAUAAAUAAACAAUUUCUCUAUGCGACCACUACGCGGCGUUAUGUGCUACUUCAUACCCUGACAGAUAGUCGAAAGAUUUUGUUGCUCGAAUGAACGCGGUUUUAAAAUUUUCUGUGGACGUAUAUUAAUUUUAAUAUUUAAUUUCUCCUUAAAGGUAUACUGACUUUAUAAUUUCCGUUUAUGCGACGAUUCUUUCUAUUUUGAUCGUAGUUGGUGUUUCCUCUUUAAGUAUCAAUCUUUUUCAAGUGAGUAAGUUUUUCUUUCUCUAAUUUAUUACUAAUCGCUUAAUAAUUAAUAUUUUAUUCUAGCUUUUUCAACUUAUAACAAUACAAAAAGAUAUUUGUAAUAUAUGUGUAACUGUUAUACUUAUAAUGUGUCAUUUGACUUAUAUGUUUAUUCUUAAUUAUGUCGGACAAGAAAUAAUAAAUCAUGGAUUACAGUUUUUCAAAGCAAGCUAUAAUGGUUUAUGGUAUAAAGCACCUUUGCAUAUACAAAAAUUAUUAUUAUUUAUAAUGCAAAAAGGAACAGUAAAUACUGUUUUUAUAUGUGGCAAAAUAUAUGUUGGAUCCUUAGAAGGCUUUGCUACGCUUACAAGUACGGCAGUAUCAUACUUUACAAUGAUUUAUUCUGUGCGAUAACAUAUUGAAAAAAAACUUAUAUUAAGCAGAGUUUUAUCAAAUUAAUAAAAUGAAAUAAAUUAUUAUAAAAUUAAUUAAGAUUUAGAACAGAAUUGAUUAAAAAUUCCAUCGAAUAUU